AUGGUGGAAGAGUGGAACAGAGACUGUAGAACAGUCGAACAUCUUAUGGUGGAACAGUGGAACAUCCGAUGGUGGAUCAGUAGAACAUGUAAUGGUGGAACAGUGGAACAGAGAUGAUGGCGGAACAUUAGAUCAUCUGAUUGUGCAACAGUGGAGGAGAGAUGGUGGAACAGUGGAACGUCUGAUGGUGGAACAAUGGAACAGAUAUGGUGGAACACUGGAACAUUUGAUGGUGGAACAGUAGAGCAUCGAAUGGAUUAACAGUGGUAUUCAGACGGUGGAACAGCAGAAUAUCUGGUAGUGGAACAAUGUUUCAUCUGAUGGUGGAACAGUGGAAAAUACAUGGUGGAACAGUGAAACAGAGAUGAUGGUGGAACUCCCGGGAGUACUUUAGGAAUUUCUGGGUGGUGAUGUGCCGCUGGGACUCUGGAGCCCUUAACCUAUACGAAAGCUAGUUCAGCUGACUUUUGCUACCCUAUACUAGAGUAAACUCCCCAAAUCCCCCCUAUCCUAGAGUAGCUGUUUUCCAGAAACUACUGAGGUCACUAGCACAGUCUAGCCAAAACAAAACCUUAUAUCACAAUCCCUAGUCUAGAUAAAAUCUUCAACCAACUGAUCAGUUUCCUGAAAAAUGAUACCCUAUUCUAGACCCAAACGCUCGGAUCCUAGAGUAAACUGAUUGAAAACCAUACCCUUCACAGCGGCACAUACCUAUAUAGCCCAUAUAUGGCAGUACCCCCCGGGGGUGGAACAGUGGAACAUCUGAUGGUGGAACACUGGAACAUCUGUUGGUGGAAAAGUAGAGCAUCGAAAGGAUGAACGGUGGAACUGCGAUGGCGGAACAGUAGAACAUGUGAUGGUGGAACAGUGGAAAAUCUGAUGGUACAACAGUGGAACAUCUCGAGUUGGAACAUUAGAACAUCGGAUGGUGCAAAUGUGGAACAUCUGAUGAUGGAACAGUGGAACAGAGAUGAUGGUGAAACAGUAGAACAUCUGAUGGUGGAACAGUGACGCAAUCAUGGUGGAACAGUGGAACAUCUAAUUGCGGAACACUGGAACAUCUGUUAGUGGAACAGUAGAGCAUCGAGUGGAUGAACAGUGGAACUGCGAUUGUGUAACAGUAGAACAUCUGAUUGUGGAACAGUGGAACAUCUGAUGGUACAACAGUGGAACAUCUCGAGUUGGAACAUUAGAACAUCUGAUGGUGCAAAUGUGGAACAUCUGAUGAUGGACCAGUGGGACAGAGAUGAUGGUGAAACAGUAGAACAUCUGAUGGUGGAACAGUGCAAAAUGAUAGUGGAACAGUAG